AUGCAAACCAGAUCCAAGUCUGGUAUUGUAAAACCAAAACUAUUCUUAACUACUACUUCUUCCAAUCUUGAUCUUUAUAAUAAUGUUUCUACCACCACUACACAGGCUUUACAGUCACCUCAUUGGCAUCAAGUCAUGUUGGAGGAGCUGCAAGCUUUAUAUAAGAAUCAAACAUGGAGUUUAGAAACUCCUCCCCCUACUGCCAAGGUGAUCGGUAGCAGCUGGAUUUAUUCUAUUAAAAGAAAACCAAAUGGAGAUAUUGCUAAGUAUAAAGCUAAAUUGGUUGCAAAGGGUAACCACCAAGUUGAAGGGGUUGAUUAUGAACAGGUUUUUGCCCCUAUAAUCAAACCUUCAUCCAUAAGAAUUGUUCUCACCAUUGCUUUAAAGUAUCAUUGGCAGAUUCGGCAGUUCGAUUUCAAUAACGCAUUUUUGAAUGGGAAUUUGAAUGAAGUGGUUUUUAUGAAACAACCUCCAGAAUUUUCUCAAGGUGAUGUUGGAUAG